GUCUCGUAUGUACAGCGUGCUUCGAAUCGGUGGACAGGUUUGCUAACCCGUCAGAAAAUGGUCUACCAUGCCCUCAACCCCGAAUACUAUGGCCUGGAUAACAUGACUGCGGAGGGGCAGGCUUCGUGGAAGGAUCAUACGAGUACGUCCACGCUACACAUUUCGUCACCGAUCGCAUGGCCCUUUGCUGAUGACUCUCUAGCGCACUGCCUGCACAUGCUGAAAGAGGCCGUGAUGUGUCAGGGCGACACCACCGUCCUGACCAUGAUGUGGGCGGACUAUCGGCUUCGGCCGAUCGGGAACCUGACUUCCCCGCAUGAGUGUGUGAACUGGGAUCGUUUGAUGGAGUGGGUGGAGCCCAAUUCGAGGGAUUUGACGCAGGAGGGCUGGUUGGUUCAUCCGAAGUUUGGUAUGUUCUGACAAUCUUUGUUGGGGAGAUCUUGCUGACGCUGUUCUGUUGUUAGGGCCCGUCGUGGUGGAUGGUCAUUUGGGGGCGGGGCCUAUUGGUUGAUGGGACGAUGGGAUAUCGAGGGUUUUGAUGGCUGUUAUUUGCGAAACAGAACCCAAUCUUUCGUUCUUAUUAUUAUUAUUUGGGUUUUCUGGUUUGUAUGGUUCAAAAUAUAUUCAGGGAACCUUUAAAUUCCUAAGUGUAAAUUGUAUACUCCCAGGGCAUACCCUCACCAUUUCUGUACCCAUCUGUUGGAAACCCAUCCUGAUUCCCCCUGUCUGGGUAACCCUGUUUUUAGUUGUCCCCUUCCGGGCGCGUGCACCGCCACAGCCGAC